GCCCUACAACUGCUUAUGAAGUAGCGAGCGGCGGCGGCAGCAGCAGCAGCACCUCCUGACCGCCAUUCCGCACCCAGAAAAAAAAACUUUCCAUUGCCCUCGCCCCACUCCCUCCCAGGGAACUUCCUCUGGGGCCCCGCUGCCCGGUUGUGUGUGUGUAUUGUGCGCGCGCUUGUGUGUGUGGUGUAUAUGUGGAGCAGCAGCAGCAGCAGGAGAAACAGGGAGAGCCGGGCGCGCGAGGGCUGCCGGAGCUUUGCCGCCGCCGCCGCCGUCGUCGCCGGCCUGCACGCUUUCGGGACCUGGGCAGAGCCGGAGAGGAGUGCCAGUCCUGCCGCCGCCGCCGCCACCAUGGAGUGCAAGUGAGAGAGGAAGUCCGCCCGCCUUAUGUGUGCUUUUGCAGAAGUUGAGGCUUCCCCGCUGUUGCUGCCCGGAGCGCGAGCGGGGCCUUCGGCGCGCGCCCACCGAGGGUAUCAAAAGAGAGAAAGCUGGCCUGAAGUGAAAUUGGGGAAAGCUGGGGAUUUGACAGCAUCCCCUCCUCCCCCAGAAUUUCUCCAUUGUCGAAUGUAGAGAUCUCCAUGGUAACUCAAACCCCCAACCUCUUCUCAGCAGCCUGCAAGAAGCAGUUUUCAACAGCUCAGAGGUCUCACGACCAGAGCGUGGAUCACACUUCUUGCAGACCUCAUCAUAUUGAGGUGGGGCUAAGAUGAGCAUAACCAGUGACGAAGUGAAUUUCUUGGUGUAUCGCUAUCUUCAGGAGUCAGGUUUCUCCCAUUCAGCCUUCACAUUUGGAAUAGAGAGUCAUAUUAGCCAAUCCAACAUCAAUGGGACACUAGUGCCACCUGCUGCCCUCAUCUCCAUACUUCAGAAAGGCCUGCAGUAUGUGGAAGCAGAGAUCAGCAUCAAUGAGGACGGCACAGUGUUUGACGGCAGGCCUAUAGAGUCGCUAUCGUUGAUAGACGCAGUAAUGCCUGACGUAGUACAGACUCGGCAGCAGGCUUUGCGGGAGAAAUUAGCUCAACAGCAAGCUAGCACGGCACCAGUCACAGCGCCGGCCACCACGGCCACCACAGCUUCUACAGCAACGACAACUGCUGUCCCUCAGCAGAACACACCAAAGAAUGGAGAAGCCACUGUGAAUGGAGAGGAGAAUGGGGCACAUGCAAUAAAUAAUCAUUCAAAGCCAAUGGAAAUUGAUGGGGAUGUUGAAAUUCCUUCUAACAAAGCAACAGUUCUCCGGGGUCAUGAAUCAGAGGUGUUCAUCUGUGCCUGGAAUCCUGUCAGUGAUCUGCUAGCAUCAGGAUCUGGUGACUCUACGGCCAGAAUAUGGAAUCUAAAUGAGAACAGUAAUGGUAGUUCCACUCAACUCGUUUUGAGGCACUGCAUAAGAGAAGGAGGACAUGAUGUUCCCAGCAAUAAGGAUGUAACAUCGUUGGACUGGAAUACCGAUGGGACGCUGUUGGCUACAGGAUCAUAUGAUGGUUUUGCAAGAAUAUGGACAGAAGAUGGAAAUCUUGCAAGCACCUUAGGUCAACAUAAAGGGCCCAUCUUUGCUCUGAAGUGGAACAAAAAGGGAAAUUACAUCUUAAGUGCUGGAGUUGAUAAAACGACAAUAAUUUGGGAUGCUCAUACAGGAGAAGCUAAACAGCAGUUCCCUUUCCACUCAGCCCCUGCUCUGGAUGUAGACUGGCAGAACAACACUACUUUUGCAUCCUGCAGCACGGACAUGUGCAUACAUGUAUGCAGACUAGGCUGUGAUCGUCCAGUCAAAACUUUUCAAGGCCAUACGAAUGAGGUCAAUGCUAUCAAAUGGGAUCCUUCUGGGAUGCUUCUAGCGUCGUGCUCAGAUGAUAUGACAUUAAAGAUUUGGAGUAUGAAGCAAGAUGUGUGUGUACAUGACCUUCAGGCACAUAACAAAGAGAUUUAUACUAUCAAAUGGAGUCCGACGGGACCAGGGACCAACAACCCAAACUCUAAUAUUAUGUUGGCAAGUGCUUCAUUCGACUCUACUGUUCGGUUGUGGGACGUCGAAAGAGGAGUCUGCACUCACAUGUUAACCAAACAUCAAGAGCCUGUCUACAGCGUAGCUUUUAGUCCUGACGGAAAAUACUUGGCCAGUGGCUCCUUUGACAAGUGUGUCCAUAUAUGGAACACUCAGAAUGGAACUCUAGUACAUAGCUACAGAGGCACUGGGGGAAUAUUUGAAGUCUGCUGGAAUGCUAAAGGAGACAAAGUGGGGGCUAGUGCAUCAGAUGGAUCGGUUUGUGUUCUAGACCUGCGAAAGUAAAUGUUUUAGAAGAAAAUUUGCAAAUGGACCAGCAUUGAAUGUGUGGGUAGAAGCACUCUUCAAAACUAUUUUUUAACAUCUCUAGAACUGCAAGAACAGGGGGAAACAAACAGAAACUGGGCGGGGGGGGACCCCAGAGUGUACAACAAAGGCAACUCUCCCAGGCGGCAGAAGCCUGCAAAAUGUUUUGUCCAUAGCCUUCACCGUGGAGUUAAGACACAAUCACGUAGGGGGAGGGGUUGGGGAUGGUUUCCACCUGGAACCUUCAGCCUUUGGAAGCAAGAGGCCACCACCGGCUAAGACCCCGUAGCGUUUGGUUUGGGUCUCUGAGAACUCGCUCUGAUGGCUGCAGAAAAGAAGAGGAAAAGCUGUGCCAAAAAUGAUAAUAAUAAUAAUUAAAAAAAAGAAAACCUAUAAAGCAAAAUGCUUUGAUAAACCAAAAUGGGGAGAGAGAGAGAGAGAGGGAAAAAAAAGAAUCCUCCUCCAUGUCGUCUUGUAUUUUUUUCCCUUCCAAUCUGGACACUACCGUUGCUCUCCCAAAGGACAUUCAAAGACCAGUUUGUACUGAUGACACACACAACUUUGUAAUCACAACACUUUCUAUUUUCUAGACUACUUUUAUUUGUUCAAUGGGUUUCCCCCCUCCCCACCCCCCCUUUCAGCUGGAAUAUGAUAGCCUUUGAGGAUCACAGGCAUAGUAGGUUUGAACUGAAUUUCUUUUCUUUCUUUAUUGUGCCCAUGUUUUUGUUCGUCUGUUUUGUUUUGCUUUUUUCCGUUGGUGCCCGCCGAAAAUGCAGCCAGGUGGGCAAAAUGAAAAGUUUUAACAGACUUUUUCUCUCCCCUUCUUUCUGCUCCCCCCCCCACCUGCCUCUUCCGCUCUUGUCUCUUCUCUCCCAGCUUCUUCUUUCUCUUAAUACUUCCACGCUUCAGAUCUUAGGGUCUCAAGGGCACUUUCAACAAAUUGUGUAAUAAGUGCUUUAUGUAAGAAUGCAAUGCCGGGAACGCUUUUUACAGGAGAAAGAUGACUUUUUAGGAAAAGAAAGAACCCAGUGUAUUUUUGGAAAAAAAAGAGAAGUAUUUUUUAUGUUAAAACACAAUUUUAGAAGCUUAAAAUCUCUACCAGAUGUAGACUGGAUUGUGUUACUCAUUCAGAACAAAAAACCCCCAAUUUGAAUGGAAUCUGAUACAGAUUUAAAGAUGCAGUAUCCCUUUUAUUUCCUCAUGAAAGGCGAUUUGCUAAAACAAAGAAACAAAAAAGAAACCAGGCAUUGCUUCUCUUGUAAAAUAUAAUCUUAUUAAAGGGGGGGGGAAAUAUCUUGCAUGUUUUUAAUUUAAUUGACAAGUCUUAGUGAUGUCAAUUAUGUCACAUUAUUUCAGAAGGUUAGAGUUUUAAAAAUAGAUACUUCUUUUCUGAGUCAUAUAUCCAGAUAACUCUCAACAUUAAAAAAAAAAAUUCCCACAUUUCUUGCAGAAAAUAUUUCCACGUUGAAUAAUGCCCAAUUCUGCCAUUUUAUUCAAAAUGGGUAAUUGUUUUUAUUUUUAUUCUGAGUAAUAAGUCUAGUGUUUCACAGAGUGUAGAGAAAACUUUGCUAUUUGCUGACUAUUUCUGUUUACAAAUACUGCUAAGUUGGGGAGAUCUGCAGUGGGUUCACUUUUUUAAACUGCUGCUCAACUGCCCAAGGUAUUAAAUAGCUGCAAACCGACCCCUAUUUAACUAGCAGUAAGUCCCAUUUAACCCAGUGGGACUUGUAUCUGAGUAAUGUAGACAUGCAUAGGAUUGCACUGUAAUAAGAUUAGACUGGUUUAAGCCAACAAAUAGCUUUUGGAAUUUUGAAAGAGCUAAUCCUUUCUCCACAAACAUUUCUGACAUAUUACAUAAAUUGCCUCUGGAGACACUUAGCACCCUGAAUUGACCAGCAAGCUGCCAGGGAGAGAGGGAUACUGCAUCUUUAACUUGGUAUACACUGGGUUCCUUAUAUGGGGCCUCAAAAAGCCCAGUAUUUCUAGGGUUCAAUGCAUAUUAGUCCCCCAAGACAUAUAUGAGAUUGCAUUUUUAUUUUUUAUUUUAAAAACUAACUUUAGAGCCAAGUGAAGUGCACUUUGUCAAAUGUAAGGGUUGUUUUUUUGUGGGGGGGUGUUCUACUUUGUCCUUGUUUCAUUCUCUUGUUUUCUUUUUUGCCUUCUAAAAAAAUGCGGUUCUUUGUCAAUUGCAGAAUUGUUACUUCAGCCACUCACGGAUUAAGUCUGAAUUCUGGCUUCUGAAGUUUUAUUGUCUGUGUCAGACUUGAAGCCGGGCUUGGUUCUCAUUUCAGCAUUUCCCCGGGUUCUGUUGAAUCAACAUCUCCCCUCACCCCGUUUUGUCUGUACACCCACUCCCCUCUUAUAAACACACACACAUACACACAAACCCGCACUCUCUUUCAGCAAAUCACCUUGUGUGUUGUAGUUUGUUUGUUUCAAGGAGAGAAUCAACAGAUCAUAUUCAGUGUCUUGAAUAAAUUGCUAUAUUUUGAUAUUAGAAA